AACAAUCAAUUAUGGGCAAGCCACUUUGUUUGUCAGUAACAGCAUCUCCAUUUCAUUUUCCUUAGUCCACACGUAUCCGGCGCCAUAAUGUCGAUGAUACAAAAGACUCCCCCAAGGCUUCCCGCUUCAUUUCUUGUCGAAGAAUCUUCAGAGACUCCUGGUCCCUCUCGAGCUAGGAUCAACAACCUCCAACACCAAGUAAGCGAGUUGGUGCGGAAGAAUCAAACUUUAGAAAGGAAGUUGACAGCGGUUAAGAGCGCUUCAGAGAAUGACUUGAAAGAGAAGGCAGCCAAAUUGAACGAAAUGCAGGUGUCACUCCACAACACCCAAAGAGAGCUCGAAAGAUCCAAGAAGGACCUCGAGCGAUGUGUAUUGGAGGGAUCAGAAAUGAAAGAAGAGCUUCAGCUUCACUCAAUGGUCCAGCAGCAAAAGGCACUUUUGGCUGUAGCGCAAGAGCAAAUGCUUGUUGUGGAGCUCGAAACCAGAUUAUUAGAUGCAGAAAAAGCCCGAAUUCUGAGAGACCAUAAAAUCACUCUGUUCCAGGCCAAGGAAGAGGAAUUAGUAAGAGAAAUUGAGGAAAGAGACAUCCGAAUUGAAGAUCUAGAAGCUAUGCUAGAAAGAUCUAAUGCUUCUCUCGAGCAAGAGCGCAAUGCCAUUAGAAAGGCUUCUUCAUCACAACUAACGUCUUCCAAAGACCUUACCAAAGCCCAGAUGGAACUAGAGUUUGCUCGCGCCGAAAUUAAUACUCUUGAAGACAAAGUGACUUCUUUAGAGACGAAAGUUCGUGGUCUCAAAGACCGUGAAAAGGAGGCAAGAUCAGAGCUUGAGAGCUGGCUACGAGAAGAAGGUUCGGCCAGCAAGCAUCAGAAAGAGAAGAAAGAGUCGCAAAUUCAGUUGAGAGCUAUGAAGUCAGAGUUGGAAAAGAAAAAGGAAGAGAUUGAAGAGCUGAAGGAGGAGUUGGAAGAAGCUGUGAGAAGUGGGAAGGAGAAAGAAAAAAUCUUAAAGAAACGAUUAAGAGAUGCCAAUGAGGAAAAAGAACGUCUGCUUGGUAUAGAAGAAGAGCUGCAUGGUUUGAGAGCAGGGAUAAGCAAGACGAGUCCAGGAAAUCGAAAGAUCAGAAAGGAAAGCCCAGUGAAAGAGGGUUCUGGCGACGAAGUGACUACAAAGAAAAAGGCGAAGAAGGCCGAGACAGCGGUAUCUCCUUCGAAGCUCUCUUCAAAAGCGCGCGCAAAGACUAAAGCAUCAGUUGAUUCAAGCUCUGAACUGGAUGAUUCCGCCCCUGCACCCAUCAAGAAAUCGAAGGCCGCACGGAAAUCUCCCAUAAAAUCUAAGCCCAAAUCAAUCGCUGUUGAAGUGUCAGAUGCUGAGAACGAGGUUGAUUCUCUCAAAACUCGAUCGUCAAAGAACGAGGUCGUCGAGCAUAAACCAAUGGAAAAAGAAGAGCAAGCAGCCUCCGCCAAUGAAAAGAAAAAGAAAAAGAGAAUUCUCGGCACUCAACCGCCACCCACUUUCAAUUGGGAUCCUGUCAUGAAUAGCGGCGACGGCGUCAUCCCAGCGUAUCUAUCACCCUUGAAACCAGAUAGUGUCAGAGCUACAGGAACUAUUCCAAGGGCUGGGUUCCCUAGUCUCCCCAGCAGUAGGCUAAAUCGCUUCGGCUAGUGCUCUCAAUAAAGAUAUAUGUUGGGCUUCGUGACGUAGUGCGUCUGCUGCCUGUUUGGAUCUCAGUGGAUGUCGCGUAUUUUCUAUCUUGUUUAAGGCUAUUAGAUGCGUUUUUUUGCACUUUACAUCAGUUCAUGCGCUGUUCUCAAAUAUCUCAUGUUGUAGAGCCUAAUGUUUAUCAUCAUUUAUGUCCAAAGUUUACCAGGGGUCUACCAAAAGCUAC